CUCUGCGCGGUCACAGCCCCAGCUUGCCUUACGGCUAGACGGUCACCAUGAAGUUCAACCCCUUCGUGACCUCGGACCGCAGCAAAAACCGCAAACGCCACUUCAAUGCUCCCUCGCACGUGCGCAGGAAGAUCAUGUCCUCCCCGCUCUCCAAGGAGCUGCGGCAGAAGUACAACGUCCGCUCCAUGCCCAUUCGCAAGGACGACGAGGUCCAGGUGGUUCGAGGACAUUACAAAGGUCAGCAAAUCGGCAAGGUAGUCCAGGUGUACAGAAAGAAGUAUGUCAUCUAUAUUGAACGGGUGCAGCGUGAGAAGGCUAAUGGCACAACCGUCCACGUGGGCAUCCACCCAAGCAAGGUAGUUAUCACCAGGCUAAAAUUGGACAAAGAUAGAAAAAAAAUUCUUGAACGCAAAGCCAAGUCUCGGCAAGUUGGAAAAGASAAAGGCAAAUACAAGGAAGAGCUCAUUGAGAAGAUGCAGGAGUGAAUGUGGCCUAUCAUACAACCACAGUUGAACUGGAAAUGUCUGGAUGUGCUUCUCUGGAACUUUUGGGGGUCUCUGGAAUGUUCCAUUGCCCUCCUGUUUUGUUAUGAAUCUGUGGCUCUGUAAAUCUGCUUUGCAAUUUUGAUUAAUAAUUUUUUGAAUAAAAAUUGGAACUGUUCCUAAACUCAAGGAUAUUUUCUUCGUGUUAUAAAUGAAAUCCAUCUUA